CCAAUCCGCUUCCCAAAACAACGGCGUGGCCGUCACAAAUCUGCCGGUGACUUUGCUCUGUAAAGAGAUCCCAGUCCCUUUCCAACCGAUCCCUAGGGCCAAGGGCUCGAAGCUUCUACAUGGCCGCGUCGGCUGCCGCGGCGGGCCUCGCCGGCGAGGUCUCGCGGCCCGCGGCCCGGGCGUCCGCUGCUUCCGGGGCACUUCCCUCCGGGAGCCUGCUGCGGCUACCCCUGUCGCGCCGGAGCCGGCGGCGCGGGCGCGGCGUCCGGUGCUGCGCGGUUGGGAGUCCCGGCGGCGGCGUGGCCCCGCGGGAGGAGUUCGUGGGGUUCUUCCGGGAGGCGUGGCCGUACAUUCGGGGCCACCGGGGGAGCACCUUCGUGGUCGUCAUCUCUAGCGAGGUCGUGUCUGGGCCGCACUUGGACCGCGUUCUGCAGGAUAUCUCACUACUCCAUGGUCUAGGGAUUAAAUUUGUUCUUGUUCCGGGGACACAUGCUCAAAUUGAUAAGCUUUUGUCAGAGAGAGGAAGGAAGGCCAAGUAUGUUGGUCAGUACCGAGUUACUGAUUCUGAUUCAUUAGAGGCUGCAAUGGAGGCAGCUGGUAGAAUAAGGUUAACAAUAGAAGCAAAACUUUCUCCUGGUCCUCCAAUGUUAGAUCUCCGUAGACAUGGUGUUAUUGGACGUUGGCAUGGUCUUGUGGAUAACGUUGCAAGUGGCAACUUCCUUGGUGCUAAGAGAAGAGGAGUAGUCAAUGGUAUUGAUUACGGAUUCACCGGUGAAGUUAAGAAAAUAGAUGUUUCACGGAUAAGAGAAAGGCUUGAUAGUGAUAGCAUAGUUGUUGUGAGCAAUAUGGGAUACUCGAGCUCAGGAGAAGUGUUAAAUUGCAACACUUACGAGGUAGCUACCGCAUGUGCUUUAGCCAUGGAGGCAGAUAAACUUAUCUGCAUUGUAGACGGUCAGAUAUUCGAUGAGCACGGACGAGUAAUUCAUUUCAUGUCUAUUGAGGAAGCUGAUGUGUUGAUCAGAAAGCGUGCUAAGCAAAGUGAUAUUGCUGCAAAUUAUGUCAAGGUUGUGGAUGAGGAGGGUAUCAAUCCUUUGCUCAAGGCGGACCAUGAAACAACAUUGAUUGAUAGAGCUCUUGUUAAUGGAUAUGCUGCUUCUUUUCAAAAUGGCUUGGGUUUCAACAAUGGAAAUGGUAUUUAUUUUGGUGAGCAAGGGUUUGCCAUUGGUGGUGAAGAGAGGUUAAGCAGAUCAAAUGGCUAUCUUUCUGAGUUGGCUGCAGCAGCAUAUGUCUGUCAUGGUGGUGUUCAAAGAGUUCAUAUCAUAGAUGGAACUGUUGAUGGAUCACUGCUACUAGAAUUGUUUACAAGAGAUGGUGCUGGAACAAUGAUAGCUAGGGAUGUUUAUGAAGGAACAAGGGUGGCUACAGAGGAAGAUCUUCCUGGCAUAAUAAAAAUUAUUCGGCCGCUGGAGGAUUCAGGUGUUUUGGCGCGGAGAACAGAUAAAGAGCUUCUUGAAGCACUGGAGUCAUUCUACGUUGUUGAAAGAGAUGGUUCAAUCAUUGCUUGCGCUGCUCUGUUUCCAUUUCCUGACGAAAAGUCUGGAGAAGUUGCUGCAAUUGCUGUAUCUGAAGAAUGCCGAGGAAGAGGUCAGGGGGACAAGUUGCUCGAUUAUGUUGAGAAGAUGGCGUUAUCCCUUGGCCUUGAGAAAUUAUUCUUGCUUACUACACGGACAGCAGACUGGUUUGUGCGGCGUGGCUUUUCAGAGUGCUCAAUUGAAUCUGUUCCUGAGCAGAGGAGAAAGCGUAUCAAUCUGACACGUGGAUCAAAGUAUUAUAUAAAGCAGCUCCAGACAAAGCAUGCUGGAGUCACCGAGAACAAUUGUCAACACUCAUGAAACUUGGUGCAACAUAACAAAAAAUCUACUUGGUUACAUCAUUUUGCACCUUGACCGAAGGUAUAAUUUCAUAAAGAAACAGAACAACUUUUCCUGACAGUGCCUUUGAGUGAUAGUUGUCUUUAUGUUUACGUGUGUAAAGGGUUUUCGUUUCACAACAGAAUUGAGGCAGAAAACAAAUAGCUUAUUAGGGAGGUAUGCAUGGCGUCUGAAGUGACUACCAUUUCGGUUUUUCUUAAUAAAACUAGUGAAACCAUGGGCUUUAUCCAUAGAUGUCAGAGGUACUCUCGAGAAUGUAACGCGAAGCAUUAUUUCUGGCUGAUCACUCAUUGUACUUAGGAAGAUAUGUUUUUUUUAUAAGUGGGUGGGGAAUGUUCUGUAAAGAGAGUGCAUAUUUGCUAUCUGCCAUCUAGUUUGCCAGUUUUCUUGUA